AUGUCACUGCCAAAAGAUCCUUUGCAAUUACUUUCAUGGGCAAAAAUAGAGGAGCUAUCUGAAAUAUUACUGCCCGAAAUACCUGAAGCACUCACGGUUUACGGAAUGACACAAAUUGCUCUGAGGUGGAGAAAUACAGAUGCUUCCAAGCAAAUUAGGAUAUACACAACGAGUAACAAACUGGAAAGUGCUGGAAUUGUGUGCGUCCUUAAAGAUGCCCAAAACUACAAGAUAAGCAUCCACUGCAUAGAUAAAGACACAUCGGCACUGAGGCAUGCCUUGCUGACGACCGAAAGGAUAAAUUGGAGCUCGCCGGAAACUACUAUAUUCUUUACUGCGUUCCACGAAAAUCUAUUACCCAUUGUACAAGCAUGCCUCUCUCAUCACAACUAUAAAAUAAUUGAAUACGUCAAUAGUUUAUAUAAAUUUCCGGCCAAUUCACAAACAGCCAAACAUGUAUACAAAUGGGCAAUUCCUAAUCAGCUCACUUUGUGCACCUGCUCGUGUCCGCCAGAAGUUCGUUUGGCACCUUUGAAACUCGAAUCUUUAGAACUGAUCAAAUCGAACUGGUUCAAUCAUCCAGAUGCGGCUGAGUACAUUUCAACCCUCAUCGAGUACAACCCAAGUUUGGGUGUCUAUUCGCGAACAACUGGCGAACUCCGCGCCUGGGUCUUGCUCAGCGAGUUCUGCGCGCUGACCAUGCUUCAUACGGUGAAGAAACACCGGAGAAAAGGCUACGCAAGGCUCCUUGUCAAUACCAUGUGUAAGACUUUACUUUCUGAGGGUCUGGUCGUCGGAGCUGCAAUACUACAAGGCAACAUUCCGUCUCUGAAACUAUUCGAGUCUCUUGAGUUUCAGUCCAGUCAAGACUCUUACGCCUACACCCUUGCAGCGCCUCAACUACUCUGAAAUUUAAAGUUCUGGGGGUUAAAGUACCGAACAGAGCGGUAACUCCAGAAAUAUAGUUUUAAGAUAAUGAACCAAAGAUUUUGUGAAACAUUACACUGAACAAGUCCUCCCCUCCAGUCUUUGUAAAAUACUUGUUUAUAAUUAUUCAGAAGACUCCGAGAGUAGUUCAGAUGUUGGAGAGAGGGUGAGAAUCAACUAAACGUACGUUACCUUUGAUGAAAUUGACUUAUUUGGUGCAAGUUAGGCAAGACAGUAUGUCCUAUCUUAUGCGGGCUUGUAAGAUUGUGUUGUAACAAAUAAGCAAACAAGAGCUUGCUGAAAAUACGACAUUGAUAAACCCCCCGCCCCUGCAUUGACCCUCCCUUCCUACAGGUCUCCCUCUGACUUCGCUCGCAUUGAUUACUUAUACUGGAGCCUUCAUUUUUUUAGAUUUUCAGACCCUUAAACAACUUUAAGGAGACGGUCGCAAGGGAAUGAUCUAAAUCUUUCAUGCCUCCAAACCUCCGUGACAAAAAAAGAUAAAUUCGCAAGGGAUCAUAAAAAAUUGUCUGCUUUAAGAUUCUUGGAGAGAUAUACACUGAUGCGCUGCUCUGAACUGCAUAGUGAGAUUCAGCCUCUUCAAUCAAUAAAAAAUUAAUUAGGAUUUCGGAUAUUUCAAACCCUUCAAUUCUGCCUAUUUUUCAUCGAGAUGCAACCAUUAUGAGCACGACUGUCUCUUAUCAUCUAUAUUGUUUUGUUUUUAUCUUUGUUUUUUGUUUUUGGUAAGGAAAAGAAUUUGGAAAUUUUUUUUUGAGAUUUGGAUGAUCCAGUUUUCUUGGUCGCACACUGGACUAUAGGCGAGAACAAUAGUGGAACAUGGAACAAUAGUGAAUGCAUUAUCGCGACGUGCGUUCAUAUUUGACCUACAUCUUUUUAUUUGUCAAGUGGUGGUCGCAUGAUGAAGUCAGUAUUUAAAUGACCAUGAUCUUGACUCACAGUAAAAAAAUUAUAAUGUGUAACGUAUAAGUAAAAGCAAUGAGUAUCUAUAUAGCAAAGUUUUAAAUAUCUAGUGAUGUAUUAUUAUUUCAAUAGAAAAGUAUUCAAGAUAUCUCCUUGAUUGUCUUGUGAGUAUGUCAAAGUGCGCGAAAAAAUUUCUG